AUGAUGGACGCCGACCGCUCCGGCGCCGUCUCCCGCCGCGAGUUCAAGACGUUCGUGUUGCGCCAGAUCGCCCGCUCGCCGCGCGACUCACCGGCGGUGCCGCGCCGCGCCAUCACCGCACCCGCCGCCACGCCCGCCGCCGCCCCUGACCGUCGCCCGCCGCGGCCGUCUUCCUCCUCCGCCGCCCCCCCGCCGAUUCCGUCGCCUCCGUCGUCACCGCCUCCGCCGCCGGGCGAGGGCGACGGCUGUCCGCUCGGCGUCUCGGCCGAGGUGGCGCCGCUGCGCUCGCUCCCGUCGCUGCGGCUGCUCGGCGAGCAGCUCGAUCCGGACGACACCGCCGAGCUCGGAGCGCUGCUCGGACGCGCGGCGAGACCCGCCAACCUCGCCUUUCUCUCCACCCUCGCCGCCGGCGCGGCGCCCAAGCCGGCUUUGCCGCCGCCCGCAGCCGCGGCCGCGCCGCGCGCCAGUGACGCGUCGAGCGCCGGUGACGCGGACGCGGACGCGGACGCGGUGCGCGAGAUGCUUUCGGUGCCGCGGCGGCCCCGCACGGUCGCGGUGUUGGGGUCGGUCCUCGCCGGGCGGGCGACUGAGGCCGCGGCCAACGGCUCGGGGGCAGGGGGCGGCGGCUCGGCCGCGGCGCGUGAGGCUGCGAGCGACGCGUUGGAGGCGCGCCGGCUGCUCGACCUCGCCGUCCGCGAUCGGCCCCGCAGCUUGCUGCGCUUGCUGUGCGCCACGGCGGACGCGGCUGCCGCCCGCGAGGUCACGCGCCACGGGAGAGUCGCGCCGCAGCAGGGAGGGAGGGCGACCGCGGGCGAGUCGCUCCCGGCGAUGGAGAGGGCGGUCUUGCUCGUCCACCCUCCCGUGAUGGGCUGCGCGGCGCACCGCAUCGCCGCCGCACUGACGGGCGGCGGCGGGCGAGGCGGCCUCGCGUCGCCGCUCGAGGGCGGCCGCUGCUACGCGUGGCGAGUCGUCAACCGGUACUACAGCGCCACACUCUCGCUGCUCGUCGUUCCCGACACCGACGCGACGCACGCCCCGCUCGCGGCGGCGGCGGCCGAGGCGGGCGCGGUGCUGCUGCUCUUUGACCGCUCCGCGGCCGCCGCCGCCGGCGAGAGCGGGUGGGCGCGCGUGACCGGGCGGUGGGGCAGUGAUCUGCCGAGCGCAGACGAGCUGUCCGAGUUUGUGCUGCUGCUGCUCGGCGAUUGCGGCGGCGCGCCGGGGGAGGCGCCUCCGACGCACCCGGAGGCGUGCUUCGAGUUCGCGCUCGAGCACGGCGGCGAGAUUGUCGAGAUCGACUCGGCGGCCGGCUCGGCGGACAUGGAGCAGCUCGCGCCGCUCGCCGCAGCCUCGCGCGGGGCGACCUCCCCGGCCGGCGGCCGCGGCGGCGACGAGUCUGACGGCCUCUCCAGGGUGCUGGAGGCGGUGCAGUGCCGCCGCUGGCCAGAGGAGGCGGCCGGGGCGGCCAACGGCAGCGCCGAGGUGCGCCCGCAGAACGGCAGCGCUUCCGGACCCGCGGACCUCGCGGCUUCCGGAGCGCGGGCCGUGGCCGCAGCGGCGCAGGAGGAGAUGCACCGCCGCGCCGCCGCCGAGCGGCUGGCGGCGCGCGACGAGGAGGCGGAGCGGCACAUGGCGGCGCUGGUGGGAGAGGGCGAGCCGAACGGAGGCGGCGAGGGCGGCGGCGCCGCCGCCUCCGUUGGCCGGCUGGAGAGGGACGACGAAAAGCUCGAGCGGCUCUUUGAGCAAAUGGGUCAGAUCCGCAACAGCGGAGCCAGCCUCCCCGACGAUGAGCGGCGAGAGCGCGCGGCAGCUCUGGCGCAGGAGAUGGCGCGCAUGCUCGCGGAUGGGGAGGACGAGGACGAGGAUGACGAAUAG